AGUUCUAUAAAAAACAUUGGUUCCUUUAUUUACAGAAAAAUUGGAAAAAUAUUUGUUUAUGUUCUUCACCGUUGGAUUUUUGGUUACGGCAGUGUUAGUGAUGGCUUGGAGGAGUCAUGGUAUAAAUAACGCUGAUUUGGUGCGCAAUCUUAAAGCAAAUGGCAUUAUUAAAUCUGAUGCAGUAGCUAAUGCUAUGAACUCUGUGGAUCGUAAGAACUACUGUCCCUAUGCUCCGUACCAUGACUCUCCACAGUCCAUUGGUUACUCUGCCACCAUCAGCGCCCCACACAUGCACGCCCAUGCACUGGAAAGGCUUAAAAACCAAUUGAUUCCCGGUGAAAAAGCCUUAGAUGUUGGCUCCGGCUCUGGAUACUUGACUGCCUGCAUGGCGUUCAUGGUCGGAGAGACCGGCCGAGUCAUAGGCAUAGAACAUAUUCCCGAGCUGGUUCAACUAGCUACAAAGAAUAUUAUGAAAGAUAAUCCUGGCCUUAUCACUUCUGAUCGGAUUAAAUUAAUUGUCGGGGAUGGGAGAGUUGGUUAUGAAGCUGACGCCCCGUACAACGCUAUCCAUGUCGGAGCGGCUGCACCCACACUUCCACAAGCUUUAAUAGAUCAAUUGAAGCCAGGAGGCAGACUCAUAGUGCCAGUCGGGCCAGAGGGCGGAGAACAACAUUUGACACAGGUGGACAAGGCAGCGGACGGGUCGCACACGGUCAAAAAGCUGAUGAGCGUCAUCUACGUGCCUCUGACCGACAAGGAGCGACAGCACCGUACUUGGCGUUAAAUUCUGAAACUAAGACGUGCACUGCCUUCGUUCCUACUGAACCAAUGACCUGUCUAUCCUCCUAAGACCCUGCGUACAAAUUUUUGAACUUA